AUGGAACUUUGGCAAAGUGAUGACUGUGUUAAGAAGUUCGAGAUAAAUUCAAAGAAUUAUUGUAGUGGACAGGAAGUAGCUGCUGGGACACACACAAGUGGCUCUAUCACAGCUGGAGAGCAUCGAAAAAAACUUGCUGAAGGAGCUAUGCAAGCAGCUGCAAUGAUAGCUAUCUGCGCGGGAGGAGCAAAGAAGAAAAGACUAUUUGGUCUUGGAUCUGAAGCUUCCAGUUAUUUUGGAAAAAAAAUUUGUACCUGCAAUGCUUCCACAUCAUCAGUACCACCAUCGGUUUCUAUACCGACAACAAAUAUGGAGGAAUUUGUGAAGCAAUUGAUUCCGGCCCUUACUACUCAUUUUCUUCCGAUAGUUAUUGAGCGUGUUGGUGGUAUUAGAGUACAAGAAGGGGCCGUUCUUGAUCCUCCUCCUACUAAUGAUGAUGAUGACGAUGUUGAUUCAUAG